GAGCAAGAAUACAAAUUUGUGGUUGUUAAACAUUUAGACCACAUUACCCCUCUAAUCAAAAGAAGAAUUGUGUGCUCCUUACUCUCCAAUGGCUACUCCAUUGGCGCCUCUUCAUGGAUUCAACUCACCAGCAAUUCCAUUAAACAAACAAACAGAUUUUCCUCUUCUUAUGAAACGAAACAGGCAAUUAAGGAAGCCAAUCAACGCCGCCGCCACCGAUAUAAUUACUUCAGACCCAACUCAGGUGGAAAUCACUUGGCAAAUUGUUGCUGGCUCUUUGGCGGGUGUAACACCAUUUGUGGUAGCAGGAGUGGAGUUUAGCAAGAGAAUUGUAAAACAGAGGAAAUGUGAAGUUUGUGGGGGUUCAGGACUUGUUCUUAAGAACAAAUUUUAUAAGAGAUGUCCUAAUUGUGGGGGAUUUCUUCCUUGGCAGUCUUGGAGAAGAUUCUUCACUGGUUAAUGUAGUACAUUUGUGGAAUCUUAAUACCAACUUUGAUGAUUCACCCUAUACAUCUAAUAUAUAUAUAUGUAUACCACUUGUAAUAUAGAAGAUUUCGAAAUAAGUCUUCAUGUAUACACCGUGCAUAUUCUUUUGACUUUGGACUUA